AACCAAUAUAAUAAAAAACCUAGAAGAACAACAAACAAAACUCUCUCUUUCUCUCUCUCUAAGUAAGGUUUUGAUCUUUUUCAAGAUCAAACAAAAAAAAUGGAGUUAGAGAGUACGAGCAAUGGCCGACGUCCACCGCCGCCGGCAGAGAUUGGUCGUGGGGCGUACUUGGCGUGGGAAGAUUUGACGGUGGUUAUACCAAACUUUAGUGGUGGUCCGACUCGAAGAUUGCUCGAUGGACUUAACGGGCAUGCUGAACCGGGUCGGAUUAUGGCCAUUAUGGGUCCUUCCGGAUCCGGCAAGUCUACGCUUCUUGAUUCUCUCGCAGGUAGACUCGCAAGAAACGUGAUUAUGACCGGUAAUCUUCUAUUGAACGGAAAGAAGGCAAGACUAGACUACGGCCUCGUCGCUUAUGUAACACAAGAGGACAUUUUGAUGGGAACACUAACGGUGAGGGAGACAAUAACAUACUCAGCUCAUCUAAGGCUGUCUAGUGAUUUGACCAAAGAAGAAGUCAAUGACAUUGUUGAAGGAACAAUAAUUGAGCUUGGUCUUCAAGAUUGUGCAGACAGAGUCAUAGGUAAUUGGCACUCUAGAGGAGUGAGUGGCGGCGAGAGGAAACGCGUCAGCGUUGCGUUGGAGAUCUUAACGCGGCCGCAAAUCUUGUUUCUUGAUGAACCCACUAGUGGUUUGGACAGUGCUUCUGCUUUCUUUGUGAUUCAAGCGCUUAGGAAUAUCGCUAGAGAUGGUGGUAGAACCGUUGUUUCAUCGAUUCAUCAGCCUAGUAGCGAAGUUUUCGCUCUUUUUGAUGAUCUUUUUCUGCUCUCUAGUGGUGAGACUGUUUAUUUUGGCGAGUCCAAGUUUGCUGUUGAGUUCUUUGCAGAAGCGGGUUUUCCUUGCCCGAAGAAACGGAAUCCUUCUGAUCACUUCCUAAGAUGUAUAAACUCGGACUUUGAUACCGUUACAGCUACACUCAAAGGAUCUCAGAGGAUUCGGGAGACACCAGCUACAUCAGAUCCUUUAAUGAAUCUAGCAACAUCUGAGAUCAAAGCUAGACUUGUUGAGAAUUAUCGUCGUUCAAUCUACGCGAAAUCUGCAAAAUCUCGCAUCCGUGAAUUAGCUAGCAUUGAAGGACAUCAUGGGAUGGAAGUGAGAAAGGGAAGCGAAGCGACGUGGUUUAAACAGCUAAGAACUUUGACAAAGAGAUCAUUUGUGAACAUGACCCGCGAUAUUGGAUACUAUUGGUCAAGAAUUGUUAUCUAUAUUGUGGUAUCAUUCUGCGUCGGGACAAUCUUUUACGAUGUAGGACAUAGCUACACAUCGAUCUUGGCUCGGGUUUCUUGUGGUGGAUUCAUUACCGGUUUCAUGACUUUCAUGUCCAUUGGAGGGUUUCCUUCUUUCAUUGAAGAAAUGAAAGUGUUCUAUAAAGAGAGAUUGAGUGGUUACUACGGUGUUUCGGUUUAUAUCAUAUCGAAUUACGUCUCUUCUUUCCCGUUCUUGGUAGCGAUUGCCCUCAUCACAGGGAGUAUUACUUACAACAUGGUGAAAUUCCGUCCCGGGGUCUCGCAUUGGGCUUUCUUCUGUCUCAACAUAUUCUUCUCUGUCUCAGUCAUUGAGAGUCUCAUGAUGGUUGUGGCUUCUCUUGUUCCAAAUUUCUUGAUGGGUCUAAUCACAGGAGCUGGCAUCAUUGGAAUCAUCAUGAUGACUUCUGGAUUCUUCCGAUUGCUUCCCGAUCUUCCAAAGGUUUUCUGGCGCUACCCGAUUUCCUUCAUGAGUUAUGGUUCUUGGGCAAUUCAGGGAGCAUACAAGAACGAUUUUCUUGGUCUAGAGUUCGACCCGAUGUUUGCGGGGGAACCCAAGAUGACAGGAGAGCAAGUGAUAAACAAGAUAUUCGGAGUGCAAGUCACACAUUCUAAGUGGUGGGACUUAUCAGCGAUAGUGUUGAUCCUUGUGUGUUACCGCAUUCUCUUCUUCAUAGUCUUGAAGCUUAAGGAGAGAGCAGAGCCGGCUUUGAAGGCGAUACAAGCAAAGAGAACGAUGAAGACUCUCAAAAAGAGACCGUCUUUCAAGAAAGUUCCAUCUCUAUCUUCACUAUCUUCAAGGAGACAUCAACCUCUACACUCACUUUCUUCUCAAGAAGGUCUUACCUCUCCAAUUAAUUAAAGACUAUAUCUAUAUGUGUAUACGGUUUGUUUCUUAAUUUGUUUUGCACAUACAAUAGUUUCAACAUUUAUAAACAUGUAUCAUUAUCAGCAUCUGAUGAUUCAGCAUUGUUAUUUUUGGAGAAUAAACAUGAUAAUCUAAA